UGGGGUACUCCAAGAGAGAGAGAGAGAGAGUGUGUGGCUGUAUCUGUAACUUGCUAUAAAAAGCGAACGUAAUCUUUGGCAUGUGAGCUCAGAAAUAACUUUCCCACCCACACCCUGUUAGAAAGAAAGAGAGAGAAGGACAAGAAGAAGAUAAGACUAAACAACACAAGGCCUCUUUGCAUUCAGAUCAACAACCUAGAGAUGGCAUCAGUGCAUGCUAGCUUGACAUCAGUUGUGUGCCAAAAUGGCAACCAUGCUUCUCCAGCAAAGUUCCCCAGUACUGCCUUCUUGCCUGGGUUUGAUGUCGUUGGGCGUGUCUCAAGUGCAUCGUCUAAGAAGGAAAUGUUUGCUGCUGCGGCUGUUAGCUCGGGCACUAGAGCCACAUUAACCUUUGAUCCCCCGACAACUGAUUCGGAUAAAACCAAACAAAGGAAGCAUACAAUUGAUCCUGCUUCUCCUGAUUUUCUGCCACUUCCAUCCUUUGAACAAUGCUUUCCAAAGAGCACAAAAGAAUAUAAGGAAGUUACUCAUGAACAAUCCGGUCAUGUACUCAAAGUUCCCUUUCGAAGAGUCCACCUGGCUGGGGAUGAACCAAACUUUGACACCUACGACACCAGUGGUCCUCAAAACAUCAACCCUCGCAUUGGACUUCCAAAACUGCGCAAGGACUGGAUUGACGGGCGUGAGAAAUUAGGUGCUCCUAGAUACACACAGAUGUACUAUGCUAAGCAGGGAAUUAUAACUGAGGAAAUGUUGUACUGCGCCACUCGCGAGAGGCUUGACCCAGAAUUUGUGAGGUCAGAGGUUGCUCGUGGGCGGGCAAUCAUUCCUUCCAAUAAGAAGCACCUGGAGCUGGAGCCAAUGAUAGUUGGAAGAAAUUUUUUGGUCAAAGUGAAUGCAAAUAUUGGAAAUUCUGCUGUUGCAAGCUCCAUCGAAGAAGAAGUUUAUAAGGUUCAAUGGGCAACCAUGUGGGGUGGUGACACUGUCAUGGAUCUCUCUACAGGUCGCCACAUCCAUGAGACCCGCGAGUGGAUCCUACGUAAUUCUGCUGUACCAGUAGGGACUGUACCCAUAUAUCAAGCACUUGAAAAGGUGGAUGGGAUUGCAGAAAAUCUUAACUGGGAAGUUUUCAGGGACACCCUGAUUGAACAAGCUGAGCAGGGUGUGGAUUACUUCACUAUCCAUGCUGGGGUUCUACUACGAUACAUCCCACUAACAGCAAAGCGCAUGACAGGAAUUGUUUCACGUGGAGGAUCCAUUCAUGCAAAGUGGUGCUUAGCUUACCAUAAGGAGAAUUUUGCUUAUGAGCACUGGGAUGACAUACUUGACAUCUGUAAUCAGUAUGAUGUAGCCCUGUCAAUAGGAGAUGGGCUGAGACCUGGGUCCAUUUAUGAUGCAAACGACACUGCUCAGUUUGCAGAGCUGCUAACUCAGGGAGAACUGACCCGCAGAGCAUGGGAGAAGGAUGUCCAGGUCAUGAAUGAAGGGCCUGGACAUAUUCCAAUGCACAAGAUUCCUGAGAACAUGCAAAAACAACUGGAAUGGUGUAAUGAAGCACCGUUCUACACCCUUGGUCCUUUAACAACUGAUAUUGCUCCUGGAUAUGAUCACAUCACCUCUGCAAUUGGUGCUGCCAAUAUUGGGGCUCUAGGCACUGCUCUUCUAUGUUAUGUAACUCCAAAAGAACACCUUGGGUUGCCAAAUCGGGAUGAUGUAAAGGCUGGAGUUAUAGCAUAUAAGAUAGCUGCUCAUGCAGCUGAUUUAGCCAAAGGUCACCCAUACGCUCAAGCCUGGGAUGACGCACUAAGCAAGGCAAGAUUUGAGUUCCGGUGGAUGGACCAGUUUGCUUUGUCAUUGGACCCUAUGACUGCCAUGUCCUUCCAUGAUGAAACCCUGCCAGCAGAAGGUGCUAAGGUGGCCCAUUUUUGCUCUAUGUGUGGACCUAAAUUCUGCUCAAUGAAGAUAACUGAGGAUGUGAGGAAGUAUGCUGAGGAGCAUGGCUAUGGAAGUGCUGAGGAAGCUGUGCAGCAUGGGAUGGAUGCUAUGAGUGCUGAGUUUCUGGCUGCUAGGAAAACUGUCAGUGGAGAACAACAUGGUGAAAUAGGGGGGGAAAUCUACUUGCCUGCAAGUUAUGUAAGCUUCUCAGAGAGGUGAAGGAUCAUAUAAAUGAGGAGAAUCAGUUUGGAAAUCAUGAAGACUUGGUGCAUGUUUGACUUAUCAAGAACACUAUUGGGAAGUUCAAAGUUUAGUUUAUUAAAGCUUUGAAGACAUAUCUAUCUUUAUUCUGUUUGUUUCGUGUGCCCCAGUAAUAAAAUGCCUAUGUUUCAUGUUUAAUUUUA